CAAUCGGUGGCGUCCGUUCUCAGCUGUCUUUUAACCAGCCCCUACCUCUUUCCAGCAAUUCCCGUUUCUCAGCCAGCUUUGCGCGUGCGCCGUCUCCGCGCUCUCAUUGGCCUUUCUUCUGUCGGAUCGUCCUUGCUCCGCCCCUGGCUCCCGGCUGCCAUUGGCUGACCCCGGUCCCUCCGGUUCGGCGACCGAGUUCCCAACGGGCGGCGGACGCGCGCGCGCGAGGCCGAAGCCGGAGGCGCGGGCGGGCGGGCGCAUACACGCCGUGGAACGGACGUGCUCACGUCGUCGGAGCGGGGGAGUGUCCCGGCGCAUAUAAAGAGGCGUCGCUGCGCGCGCGGCGGGCUCAGUGCGGCGGGGCGGCCGAGGGGGGCGGGAGGGUGGUCGCGGGAGCGGCGGCGGCGGCGGCGGCGGCGGCGCAGGGCAGCGGGAGUAGGAGCGGCCCGCGGCGGCCGCGGGGGCCGGGCCCGGGGCCGAGGAGGAGGCGGAGGAGGAAUCGGAAGCCCGGGUGCACCGGGCACGCGGGGGAGGCGGCCCCCUCCCCCGACCACCCCAAUCGCGGAGGCCGCCCUGAAGAAGGGGCUUGGGGGGAGCCGCCCCCGGGCCCCGGCGACAUGAACUCUAACGUGGAGAACCUGCCCCCCCAUAUCAUCCGCCUGGUCUACAAGGAGGUCACGACGCUCACCUCGGACCCUCCCGAUGGCAUCAAGGUCUUCCCCAACGAAGAGGAUCUCACGGACCUGCAGGUCACCAUCGAAGGCCCAGAGGGAACCCCCUACGCGGGAGGCUUGUUCCGAAUGAAGCUCCUCCUGGGCAAGGACUUUCCAGCGGCCCCCCCGAAGGGCUUCUUUCUCACCAAAAUCUUCCACCCCAAUGUGGGGGCCAACGGGGAGAUCUGUGUCAAUGUGCUCAAAAGAGACUGGACUGCUGAACUGGGCAUCCGCCAUGUGCUGCUGACUAUCAAGUGCCUUCUGAUCCACCCGAACCCCGAAUCGGCGCUGAACGAGGAGGCUGGCCGCUUGCUUCUGGAGGAUUACGAGGAAUACGCCGCUCGUGCCCGGCUGCUGACAGAGAUCCACGGAGGGGCUGGGGGCCCCGGAGCCACACGGGCAGCCAGGGGGGGUGCAGGGGGUGCUGAGGCCGGCCCGGCAGAGGCGGGUGCUUCCUCCUCAUCCCCGCCGGGCCCUGGGGCUGAAGGCCCCAUGGCCAAGAAGCAUGCUGGGGAGCGGGACAAGAAGCAGGCUGCCAAGAAGAAGACGGACAAGAAGCGGGCUCUGCGGAGGCUGUAGGAGAGCCCCCCACCCUGGGAGGGCUUGGGGAGGAGGGGGCAGCUUUUGUAUCUCACUAAGUUAUUUAAAUUAUGGUGGGGGGAUGGGCAGGGGGAGGGGGAUGGAUUUUUUUUUCUAAAAUAAAGUUGAAAAAGCAG